CUAGAGAGCUUCUCGCCAUUAGCACCACUAUUUGGGGGCUGCAUUAGCACAUUGCGUCUCCUCUUCGAUCUCGUCUCCUCGCGUCGUGGCGUCGUCGUGGUGCGAGGAUUCCCUCUCCUAGAUCUCGGAGGAGGAGGAGGCUGGGGUUGCCGCGAUGAGGGCGUGGCGGCGUCUCGCGGUUGUGGCGCUCCUCGCCGCCCUGCUCGCGGUCUCGUCGGCGGCGGCGAGGCUCGAUCUGGGCGAAGACGACGACUCGGAGGUGCUGGAGGCGCUGCUGGCCGUGGACGAGGAGGAGGAGGACGAGGCGCCGGAGGGGGCCAAGCGGGCCGGGGGCGCGGAGGCGGUGCGGCGGACGCAGUCGAUGGUGCUGGUCCUCGACAACGAAAACGCGCGGCGCGCCGUGGAGGAGCACGCGGAGCUGCUGCUCCUGGGCUACGCGCCGUGGUGCGAGCGCAGCGCGCAGCUCAUGCCGCGGUUCGCCGAGGCCGCCGCGGCGCUGCGCGCCAUGGGGAGCGCCGUCGCGUUCGCCAAGCUCGACGGGGAGCGGUACCCCAAGGCCGCCGCCGACGUCGGGGUCAGCGGAUUCCCCACCGUGCUCCUCUUUGUCAAUGGCACCGAGCACGCCUACACUGGCCUCCACACCAAGGACGCACUAGUUACUUGGGUAAGAAAGAAGACCGGUGCGCCAGUCAUAAGGCUUCAGUCAAGAGAUUCGGCUGAAGAAUUUCUGAAAAAGGACCAGACGUUUGCUAUUGGCCUAUUCAAGAAUUACGAGGGAGCUGACCACGAAGAAUUUGUGAAGGCAGCGACCACUGAAAAUGAAGUGCAAUUCGUAGAAACCAAUGAUAGGAAUGUGGCAAAGAUUCUUUUUCCAGGUAUUGCAUCUGAAGAGCAAUUCCUGGGCCUUGUUAAAAGCGAACCAGAAAAGUUUGAAAAGUUCGAUGGAGCGUUUGAGGAAAAUGCAAUAUUGCAGUUUGUGGAGCUUAACAAGUUUCCACUAAUUACUGUAUUCACUGAUCUAAACUCUGGUAAAGUCUAUGGAAGUCCAAUUAAGCUGCAGGUCUUCACCUUUGCAGAGGCUUAUGAUUUCGAAGAUCUUGAAUCUCUUCUUCAAGAGGUCGCCAGAGGAUUUAAGACAAAGAUAAUGUUUAUAUAUGUGGACACCGCUGAAGAAAAGCUUGCAAAGCCAUUCCUGACUCUCUAUGGCCUUGAAGGAGAUAAACCUACUGUUACCGCAUUUGAUACUAGCAAAGGUUCCAAAUAUUUGAUGGAGGCAGAUAUUAACGCGAAGAACUUAAAGGAGUUCUGCUCAGGCCUUUUGGACGGUACACUCCCUCCAUACUUCCGUUCAGAACCAGUACCGCAAGAAAAGGGACUCAUUGGAAAGGUUGUUGGACGGACAUUUGAUUCUUCCGUCCUGGAAAGUCCUCACAAUGUCUUCCUUGAGGCUCAUGCACCAUGGUGUGUUGAUUGUGAAGCGAUAAGUAAAAACGUCGAGAAGCUGGCCAAGCAUUUCAGUGGUUUGGACAAUCUUAAAUUUGCACGCAUAGAUGCUUCUGUGAAUGAGCAUCCCAAAUUGCAGGUAAAUGACUACCCCACACUCUUGCUUUAUCCUGCUGAAGACAAGAGCAACCCGAUCAAAGUUUCAAAGAAAUUAAGCCUAAAAGACAUGGCGAAAUUCAUCAAGGUGAAGCUUCAUAUUUCUGAUGUUGACAUUAAGGAGAAGGAGCCAGCUUCGGAUGUCGAAGCAGUAGCAGCCACUGAUAGUGUGAAGGAUGAACUAUAGUACAUCGUUCUUAUUUGCCCCAAUAGCUUUUGUGCAUGCUGAGGUCUAGUGAUGGAAAAUGGCAGCAUGUUUGCUUUGGUAGAAUGUGGUCAUAGGAACAUGCUCGGCUCGCAGUUGUAACCGUAAGGCGACAGAAGUAGCAGAACAGAGAACAGGGGAUAUGGUAAUUACACAGGAAAUCAGUUUUUAUACUACUGAUAGACGGAUCACCAAUUUUUCUUUCUGAGAAUAAUGAAGUCCUUCUGAUCUUUCAA